CACAUCACAAAAUGUUCCUUCUGAUUUUGUUAACAAGUUUUAUAUAUUUUGUGGUUGGCACCACUUAUGUAACCACAAACAAUGACGCUGAAAUGCCAAUUUAUCAGAAACGCCCGCAGAGUGAACAAAUGGAGAUGAUUGAUAUCCUGGACUUGGGUGACAGGCCCAAGAGGCAACUAAACCCAAAGCUGGACAACUCGGCUUCCAAAUUCCUGCUGGAAAUCUACAACGAGAUCAACGAGGGCCAGGAACCCAAGGAGGUUCUUCACCAGCGGCACAGGCGUUCACUGGACGACGACAUACUGAUAUCCAAGGAAGACCGUGAGGAGAUAGCCAACUGCAAUAGCAUCCUGACCUUCUCGAGUCGCAUCAAGCCCGAGGAGGAGAAUAACGAACUGGAUCUGCACAUAACCUUCAACACAAACGAUGUGCCCAUGGACUUGACUCUGGUUCAGGCCAUGCUGCGGGUUUACAAGCAGCCCAGUUUAGUCCAAAGAAGGGAGAACUUCACGGUAUCGAUUUACAAAAGGCUGGGCGAUCGCCAGGACUUCUCGCACCGCAUACUGGGCUCCGUGAACACUACGUCCAGUUACCGCGGAUGGCUGGAAUUCAAUUUGACGCCAGUCCUGCAGACGUGGCUGCUCAGCAAGAAUUUCCUAAAACGAAACGAGCUACGGAUUUCAAUUGGCGACUCCCAGCUGAGCACCUUUGCCGCUGGCCUGGUGGCUCCCCAGGCGAGCCGCUCCAGUCUGGAGCCAUUCAUUGUGGGCUACUUCAACGGACCCGAGCUUCUGGUUAAAAUUCAAAAGCUUCGCUUCAAGAGGGACCUGCAAAAGCGCCGGGCCAACAUCCAACCAGGCCACCCAGCAGUCCAUCCCCCACCGCCCGUGGAUUUGUACAAGCCGCCACAGUCCUGCGAGCGAUUAAACUUCACCGUCGACUUCAAGGAGCUGCAGAUGCACAACUGGGUGAUAGCCCCCAAAAAGUUCGAGGCUUACUUCUGCGGCGGCGGUUGCAACUUCCCGCUGGGCACCAAAAUGAAUGCCACCAACCAUGCCAUCGUCCAGACCCUGAUGCACCUGAAGCAGCCCCACCUGCCCAAGCCGUGCUGUGUACCGACGGUCUUGGGGGCCAUCACCAUUCUGCGAUACCUCAACGAAGACAUAAUCGACCUAACCAAAUACCAGAAGUCAGUGGCCAAAGAGUGUGGAUGUCAUUGAUGGGAAAAUUCAAUUAAAACUAGCAGCUUUAAAUGUAUA